AUGAGAGUGACUUCUUCGAACCAGGUGCUAUCGGAAGUCGAAUACAACAUCGUGGGGAAACGCCCGAUACGACCCGACGGGGUGGACAAGGUCACCGGUAGAGCCCAGUACGGGGCCGAUGUGAAGCUUACCGGGUUGCUGUACGGGAAGGUGCUGCGCAGCCCUCACCCGCACGCGCGAAUCCGGUCGAUCGAUACCAGCAAGGCAGAGGCCCUGCCCGGUGUGAGGGCGGUCAUCACGGCGAAGGACCUGCCCUUCGCCUCCCUGAGCAGGGAGGAACUGGGCGGCGAUUACGGCCGGCUCAAGUUUGCGUCGGACCACAUGAUGGCCAGCGAUAAGGCGCUGUUCAAGGGGCAUCCGGUGGCGGCCGUGGCCGCGGUCAACGGGCAUGUAGCGGAGUCCGCCAUGGCGCUGAUCGAGGUGGACUACGAGGUGCUGGACGCGGUGGUUGAUGUGCGCCAGGCGAUGGCGGAGGGUGCGCCGCUGGUCCACGAGGACCUGCGGACUUCGUCGAUGGGCGAGAUUGCGGACAAGCCCAGCAACAUCGCGGCCCAUCUCAGCUAUGAGAAGGGCGAUGUGGAGAAGGGCUUCGGCGAGGCCGAUGUGAUCGUCGAACGGGAACUUACCACCGCCUCGGUGCACCAGGGCUACAUCGAGCCGCAUAACUCCACAGCCUUCUGGAAUACCGACGGGUUGCUGAAUGUGUGGACCAGCACCCAGGGUGCCUUCGCGGUGCGCGCUGCGGUGGCGGAUGUGCUGCGGAUGCCGGUGUCGAAAGUGAAGGUAACGCCGAUGGAGAUCGGCGGCGGCUUCGGCGGCAAGAUCACGGCCUACCUGGAUUCCAUCACCGCGCUGCUGUCGCAGAAGGCGGGAGCGCCGAAAAUGACCGGCGGAGUUAAGCAGGUUGAUUGCCAGGGCCGCAACGUGAGACAGAUAGUCGACGGCCUGGAGGCAAUGUAUCCUGGCAUCAAGGACCGGCUGGUUGAGGAAGGAGAGAUCCGCUCCAACCUGGCGGUGGCCAUCGACGGGGACGUGGCCCGUAUGGGCAUGCUGGAGAGAGUGAGCGAGACCAGCGAAGUGCACUUCGUGCCGGCUAUCGGCGGAGGCUGA